UUUCAGGCAAGAAAAAAAAGAAGGCAAGUAGAGAAGGCGAGUGCGGUUGUUUUGUUUGACACUUCUUUGCGCUCUCUUUCUUUCUCUUCCAACGGUCCAACUUUGACUCUUCCUUCUUCUUCUUCCCAUGGCUUCAACACCGCAUUCCCUAAACCCUAGAGCAAUUCCUUCACCGCUCAAUUUCUGAUUCUUUGUUACUCUCUCCGUUUCCGUUGCCACACCAUGAACGUCACCCUUGUUGAUUCCGCGCUCUUCGCGUUUCUCUUCCCCUCGCUGUGGGAGAUCGAAGUCGCCGUCGCCGCCUCCGUCUUCGUCAUCCUCGCCUACCGCUUCUUCACCGCACGGACCGGAUACGCCGAUCCGUCGCUCGCCGACAGUUCCGCCGCCGACGUCGCCGACGAUAAGGACAAGAUGGGGCAGUCUAAAGUGGAUUCUCAAGCCAGUUCGGCGUACCUGAUCAAGUUAGAACUGUUGGCUGCCAAGAAUCUUGUCGGUGCAAACUUAAAUGGAACAUCGGAUCCUUAUGCUAUAAUCACUUGUGGCAAUGAAAAGCGAUUCAGCUCCAUGGUCCCUGGUUCAAGAAAUCCAAUGUGGGGCGAGGAGUUCAAUUUUUCUGUUGAUGAACUUCCUGUUCAGCAGAUCAAUGUCACAAUUUAUGAUUGGGAUAUAAUUUGGAAAAGUGCUGUUCUUGGUUCAGUGACUGUUCCAGUUGAAAGUGAAGGUCAAACUGGUGCAGUGUGGCAUACUUUGGAUAGCCCAUCAGGGCAGGUUUGUCUUCUUAUAAAAACAAUAAAACUAUCUGGAAAUGCUUCCAGGAUAAAUGGUUAUGGGGGAGCCAACCCUCGAAGAAGGAUGCCUCCCUUGGAAAGACAGUGGCCCACUGUAGUCCAUCAAAAGCCAGGCCCUCUUCAAACUAUAUUUGAUCUUCAUCCAGACGAGGUUGUUGAUCAUAGUUAUUCUUGUGCACUUGAGAGGUCAUUCUUGUACCAUGGUCGUAUGUAUGUCUCAGCAUGGCACAUUUGUUUCCAUUCCAAUGUGUUCUCAAAGCAAAUGAAGGUGGUUAUUCCAUUUGAAGAUAUAGAUGAGAUACGAAGGAGUCAACAUGCAUUUAUUAAUCCUGCUAUAACAAUUAUUCUUCGCAUGGGUGCUGGUGGACAUGGUGUCCCUCCUUUGGGAAGUCCUGAUGGUAGGGUCAGAUAUAUGUUUGCAUCAUUUUGGAACAGGAAUCAUGCAUUCAGAAAUCUACAGCGUGCAGCAAAGAAUUUCCAUGAAAUGUUGGAAGCUGAGAAGAAGGAAAAUGCAGAGUCAGAGCUGCGUGCACAUAGUAGUUCUGUCAGAGGAAAUAAGAUACUAGAUAAGGCUCCUGAAGAAAGCAUGCCAAAAACUGGAAAACUUCAACCUUUUGUCAAAGAAGAGGCUUUAGUUGGCAUAUACAAUGAAGUUUUUCCCUGCACAGCUGAGCAGUUUUUUAACUUGUUAUUGAAUGAUGGUUCAAAUUUUACUAGCAAAUAUCGUUCAGUACGAAAGGACACUAAUCUUUUGAUGGGUCAGUGGCAUACAGCAGAUGAAUAUGAUGGACAAGUCCGAGAGAUAACCUUCAGAUCCCUUUGUAACAGCCCUAUGUGCCCUCCAGACACAGCCAUGACAGAGUGGCAACAUCAUGUUCUAUCACCAGACAAGACAAACCUGGUGUUUGAGACUGUGCAACAGGCACAUGAUGUUCCAUUUGGAUCCUACUUUGAGGUACACUGUAAAUGGAGCUUGGAGACAAUUAAUGAAACCUCAUGUACUCUGGACAUAAAAGUGGGUGCACAUUUCAAGAAAUGGUGUGUUAUGCAAUCCAAAAUAAAGUCAGGGGCAGUCAAUGAGUACAAGAAAGAAGUUGAUGUGAUGUUAGAUGUUGCUCGGUCGUAUAUAAAAUCAAAUACUCCUAAUGACGAGGAUGAUAAGGCCUCUUCACCACCCCCUGCAGCGACCGGGGAAAGCUAAUAUUUUUUUGGCAACCUCAGAUUAGGAUUUUAUUUAUCUGUGCUAUAUUGUAACUUUUUUUUUUGUUAUCUUUUCAUGUAACACGCAUAGGGGAAAUAUAUGUAUAUUUUGAUUGCAAUAUCUCCGUUGGUAACUUUCACAGCUUUGUCAUAGGGGGGAUUCUGGUGUCUUUUUUUCUUCUUCUGGAAACGCAUCUGUGGAAAAUGAAAAUUUCUUUAUAUUGCCUUUAAUUACUAAUAAUAAGGUUUUGCCUUUUAAGAGAAGUUAUCAUAUGAUAUAGCACUCCUGUUGAUAAAGAAUUGUCUUGAA